AUCUAAAACUCCAGAGCAACACUGUUUACAUCCAUCUGCAUGAUUUUAACCAGACACUAUCAAACAACCAAACAUGUAACCAACUAUCCUAAUGUUUUACUAAAGUGAUCGUUAAUUUAUUGCAACAACUUACAGUAGACUACAUUGAUAAAUAACUGGAAAACGACGAGGGUAUGCCUUCGUGUAGUGCUUAUAAUUGCAAAAAUCGUUCUGAGAAGGGUCUGCCUGGAGUUUCGUUUCACAGAUUCCCUAUCAAAGAUCCCAAAAGACUGAAAGAGUGGACGCGGCGAACCAGAUGGAAGAACUGGACUCCCAAAUCAUCCUCUUAUUUGUGUUCCGAUCAUUUUGAGAGACAUUUCUUUGUCAGAUCAGGACAUGGUUAUCGGUUACGUGAUACAGCACUGCCCACGAUUUUUAACUUUCCUGAUAAUGUCUGCAAAAAGACGCCAGAUGGUCGUCAACGGAAGAGAAUAACUUUAUUUCCCAAGACACCAGAGUCCCCAACAGAGGCUACUUCAGAGACCAAUGAGCAGAGCUGUCAGUUGUUAAAAGAUCAGCGAUCAGAUAAGGCCCAGAGUGCUCAGCUGGAGAAGAUUGACUGGAGUAAACUUACUUGGCAUCCAAGUACUUUCCAUGAUGAUUACUGUGUACCUCAGAGCAUUCAGUGGGCAAAGGACGAUGGGCAGAAUGGAGACAACGUUUCCUUAAAUGAUUUAUGGAGCCAAGGACUUCUGUUUAUUCCCAAACGUGCAAUCAAGAUUAAAGGCAGAUGGGAAUGGCUCGGGGUUGAGGUAAUAGGCCCUCUGUCAGUCACUCAAAGAGGACACAAGUUUGUCUUGUCAGUGAUGGAUUUCUACUCCAGAUGGGUCGAGGCCUAUCCCAUGAGGACAUGCAAUGGUCAUGAGAUUGCCCAGAACAUCUACGACUUAGUCUCUUGCAUAGGUUAUCCCUAUGGCUUCCUCUCCAGGAUCAGCCCAAGAUGCCUCAAAGAGAUCAACAAUGCAUUGCAUAAACUUGUGAGACUGGAGACAUCCUUCAUACACCACCAUCCUCAGGCUGGCUCCUUGGACCAAACCACAAAGGCACUCAUUGACAAGACGGUGUUUGACCUGUCCAAGCAGCACCCUGACAGCUGGGAUGUGUGCCUCCCUGCCUCUGUGUACCGCCUGUGUUGCACGGUCAACCCGAGCACCCGCCAGAGACCCCUCUCCCUGCUCCACAGCAAAGCUGCUUCGCCCCUAGUUAAAAAGCCCAGGCUGUUGAUGGUGGAUGGAGGUGAGAUAAACAAGUUCACCUUUGUGCUUGUGGAGCCCCAGGCCCCUCUCAGUGGCGUCCAACUUCAGUGUGAGGAGUGUAGACAGUGGCACCAGGUCACCCAGCCCACGGACAUCAAAGAGUAUGAGGACACAAGGCUGAAGAAUGAAGAGCACAUCUUCACCUGCCCAGGCUGCAGAGUCAGACUGGAGGACACGGGCAGACAAACAAAAGAUGGCACCACGGAGGAAGAGAGGGGGGAUGUCGGCACAAGACGAACGGCAGACCCGGGGGGAAAAAGGAUGGGUCAGGAGGAAGGAGCAGAUGGGGAAAGGGAUGGAAGGGAAUGUGAGGAAACGAGAGGAAGAGAGAGUGUGGAAAGUGGUGGUGAUGGUAGAGGAGUAGGAGGAGGAUGGGGAGAAGAAAUGAGAGUAAGAGAGGGUGAUGACACUAGAGGGCAAAGAACAGAAAGGGGAGCAGUUGAGAGUGUCAGUGUGAGAACAAGAUUACAAAGACAAUGUGGAAGGGGACGGGUGCAACUUGAAGAAAGACUUGUGGUUAAAGCAGUCGGAGGAAUGGUUUCAGACAUUCAUAAACAACAUCAGAAAAAUGUCCGAUUGGAGUUAGGGGAGAAACGUGGACGAGGCAGACCUCGACGGACAAAAGGUCCCAUCAAAACUGAUGCACUUUCACAGGGAGAUGAAGGAGGGAGGACCCAGGAAAAUGAAGCAAUUGAACUCCUAUAAAUAUGAAUUGUAUCGAGAACUGGGAGAACCUUGUGAAGGAGAGAGGGGCUGUCCUAACUCCAUGGGAGGAUAGUUCUGCUGCCCACGGAGAAGUGUCUGUAGACACUAUUGAAGGUACUGUAAAAAAAGUGUUGUUCAACACUAUGAAAUAUUAGAUGUAAUUCAUAGCGGUACAUAAUAUGACUGCAACAUGGGAUUUCCACUUACUAUGGGAAGACAAGUGUUCCCAAUCCCCUACCCCUGCAACUCUUGCAAACCUCAUGUACCUCCUUGAAGAUUCUGCUUUUCACUCAGUCAAAGGGCAGCCACCACAUUCACAAACCAUGAUUUACUGAAUUCUUGCUCAUUCUCCCUACAACAAAUAAAUACAGUCUGCACACAACAUUUUGACAUAAUUUGCCCUGCUUUGUGUGCAGACAGUUUUGCAUACUCAUCGUCCCUGAUAUUGCUAAGUAACAAGUAUCUUGAUAUCAAUACUGAAACAACAAAACCUGAAAACGGCAAAAAGCGUAUCAACAAUAGAAAUAUUAGAACAAGCCUAGACAACAGAACAUGGAAGUUGCCAUUCUUUUUUGUUAAUCGAUAACAAUACAGCUUUUAUUAAAGCCUGA